AUUGAUGACAAUAAACAGCGUUUAAGAACACUGUCCAAGACAUAUCGUCAACAUCUUUAACACAUUUUCCAAAUAAAAGUCUACUUUGCUUCGAAAUAAAAUGAGUUCCGGAUUUGUUACUGAAUCCGAGGCGGCAGAAGCACGGCAGCGUCGUCAGGAGGAGUGGGAACGUGUACGCCAGCCCGAGGAUCCACUGGAGAGACCUGAGGAACCAUAUGACGGUCGGUCACUUUAUGAUCGCUUGAAGGAACAGAAAACAAAAAAGGAUAUGGAAUUUGAGGAGGCGCACAAAUUGAAGAACCUAAUUCGUGGCUUGGACGAUGACGAGGUGCAGUUCUUGGAGCUAGUCGAUGCUCACAAAAUGAACACCGAGCGUCAACAAAUGGUUGACGAGGAAUUGGAACUAAGGGACUUUCGCAAUCGAGUUGAGAAACUGCAGGAAGAGAGCGUAGACAAGAAACUUCAAGCGGAACUAAAGACUACAGCCAAAUCCAUUGGCACUUCAGCUACAAUACGGAAUACACAAAAGUCCCUUCUAGGACAAGGCAUCAAACGCAAAAAUGGAGAAUUGCCCACAAGCAGUAGCAAGGCUUCAAAAACGGAACCCGAAAAGUCUACGGAUAAAACGGCUACAUCAGAUGUUUCCACAAAAUCAAGCAAAUAUGAUGUGGGCGGUUUGAAGUGCAUUGCCAUAUUACCUGGCAUUGGUUCCUAUACCGAGUCUAGCGAUUCAGAUGGGAGUAGCGACACAGACGAGCACGACCACGAUAAGAAUAGCCUGGUGGACCUAUGUGGACGCAAGAUGAUCAAAAAGAAACAAUGUGCUGAGUGAAUAAGUUUCUUUUAAAU